ACAUGAACAUACACACAUUUCGUUUUAUGAGAACAUAAGCAGAUAAACAAACGAGAAAACAUUUUCAAGCAUUCAUGUGUAUUAAAAUAACAUUUUUGACAGUUCAGAGAGAAAGAGAAACGUGAAAUAAUGUAGUAAGCCAAUGUAGUAAGAAUGCAAAUGCGACGUGAUGACGUCACUGUUAUGCAAAUGACGCAAUGACGUAAUCUAGCGACAUUUAGCGACUUUCCAAGCAAGCUUUAGCUACUUUCCAUUGAAAAUAGUUGGCAACACUGCUCAGAACCCGGAAAACUUACCUGUGCAGUACGUCUCUCAAUGUUGUAAACCUUACCUUUUUUAAACAUCAACAUUAUAAAAUAAUUUUGAAUAUAAUUAUAAUGGUGUAAAGUAAAGGACCUGAGCCACAGUUAUCACAAGACACUGAAGUAAAAUGGCAGAAACCAGUUUUUUAGUGUCUGAGGACCAAUUCAGCUGUUCAAUCUGUCUGGAUUUACUGACGGAUCCAGUGACCAUUCCCUGUGGACACAGUUACUGUAUGAGCUGUAUUACAAACUGCUGGAAUCAAGAUGAUCAGAAGAGAAACUACAGCUGCCCUCAAUGCAGACAGACCUUCAAUACAAGACCUGAUUUAAAUAAAAAUGUGGUGCUUGCUGAGAUGGUGGAGAAACCGAAGACCACAGAGAUGUGUGGUGGACCUGGAGAUGUGGAGUGUGAUGUUUGCAUUGGGAGAAAACGCAAAGCUGUCAAGUCCUGUUUGGUGUGUCUUGAAUCUUAUUGUCAUACUCAUUUUGAGUGUCAUGAGGUUUCUCGCUCCAGUAAGCGCCAUAAAGUAACCGAUGUGACAGGAAGACUUCAGGAGAUGAUCUGCUCUCAACAUGACAGACUGAUGGAGGUUUACUGUCGCACUGAUCAGAGAUGUAUUUGUUUAAUGUGUGUGAUGGAAGAACAUAAAAAUCACGACACUGUAUCAGCUGCAGCAGAGAGAACUGAGAAACAGAGAUUACUGGAGGACAAGCAGAGAAAACUCCAUCAGAGAAUCCAGGAGAAAGAGAAGAAGCUUCAGGAUCUAAGAGAGUCUGUGAAGAUUCACACGAUCUCUGCACAGACAGCAGUGGACGACACCGAGAGGAUCUUUACUCAACUGAUCCGAUCCAUUGAGAGAAGACGAUCUGAGGUGAUACAACUGAUCAGAGAUCAGGAAAAGACUGCAGUGAGUCGAGCUGAAGAUCUCUUGAAGAAACUGAAGCAGGAGAUUGAUGAUCUGAGGAGGAGAAAUGAUGAGAUGGAGAAACUUUCACAAACAAAAGAUCACAUCAGUUUCCUUCAGAGUUUUCUGUCUUUGUCUGUACCACCUGAGUCUACAGAUGGCGUGACUACGAGUUUGCUUCUCUCUUUUGAUGACGUGGGAAAAUCUGUCUCUGAGCUAAGAGGAAAAUUUGAGGAUUUCUUCAAAGAGGAGCUAGGGAAAUGCAUCAGAAUCAUUCCCUGUUCUGAACCAAACACCAGAAAUGAGAUCUUACAGUAUUUCCAUCCUUUCACUCUGGAUUCAGACUCAGUGCAUAAACGUCUUCAUCUUUCUGAGGAGAACAGAGUUGUUACCUGCCCUGACACAAUGCAGCAAUAUCCUGAUCAUCCCGACAGAUUCGACUGUUGGCCUCAAGUGUUGUGUAAAGAGAGUUUGUGUGGACGCUGUUACUGGGAGAUUGAAUGGAGUGGAAAUGCAGGAGUGGGUAUAGCGAUGUCAUAUAAGAGCAUCAGCAGGAAGGGAAAAGGUCUCGAGUGUAAAUUUGGAUAUAAUGAUCAGUCCUGGAGAUUGUUCUGUAAUCCAUCUGUAUAUAUAUUCAGUCAUAGUAACAAAAACACAAAUCUACCAGUAGUCUCCAGUUCUUGUAGAAUAGGAGUUUAUGUGGAUCACAGUUCAGGAUCUCUGUCCUUCUACAGCGUCUCUGACACAAUGACCCUCAUCCACAGAGUCAACACCACAUUCACUGAACCUCUCUAUGCUGGGUUUGGGAUAAAUAAAGGUUCAUCAGUAAAACUCUGUGAUCUAACAACAUAGAUAAGGCAGAGAAAUGCACAAGAAGGUUCAUUGUAGUGGAUAAAAGCAUCUACAGAAAUACAUUCAUUAAUACAUUACAUUACAUUAAAUAUUUGCAGUUUAAUUUUAGAAGUCAUAUUUGUUUUCAGUGGACUCAAAUGAAUUGUUCACUGUAAUAACACCAUAUAAAUAUUAUUUAACUUGAAUGGAUCUGGCAAUUGGUUUUUUAAAUUAAAUGUUUUUCUUCCAGGGGAGUAUUACAGUAAUAUAAUGUUAAAUAGGAGAUCUGAUGUAGAACUGUAAACUAACAAUACAUUGCUGGCAACCCAGCUGCCAGUAGUUUACUGUUAUUCUACAGCAUUUUUUAUGCAUUUGUUUUGUAAGAUAUAUUAAAUAGUUUGGUAAUACUUUACAAUAAGGUUGUAAUGUUAAAGGAAAACACCACCGUUUUUCAAUAUUUUACUAUGUUCUUACCUCAACCUACAAGUUACGUUAAUACAUCACUAUCUUUUUUCAAUGUGUGCACUUGACAUUUGUACAGUGUGUCAUGAAUGUGUUAGCAUUUAGCCUAGCCCCAUUCAUUCCUUGGGAUCCAAACCUUGUUUUCCCUAUUUAAAGACUGUUACAUGAGUAUAUGGUGUCACAAAAUAAAACCUGGCGAUUUUUUAAGGGGAUAAAAAAAUUUAAACUAUAUUCAUUGUAUGGCUAAACACUGAAAAGAACAACUCGUAAAAUUUACUUUAAAAAAAAUCCUCGUAACAAUUUGCACUAACCUUUAUUUAAGUAAAAUUUUAAUAAUUUAAAGUAUUUUUAUAAAGUAAUAAAAAUAACUUACUGAAAUUAAAUAAAAUCUACUUAAUAAUGCAUAAAAACAUUUGUUAAAUAAUUAAGUAUGUCACUUAAUUAUUUUUAUUUUAACAGUUAGAUUUAUUUUAAUCGUUUAGUUAAGUAUACUUUUUUUGAAUAUUGAAGCAUUGUUGUAUGGUAGAUUGUAUUUAAUGUUUGUUAUUUUCUUUAACAUUAGUUAAUGCAUUAGCUAACAUGAACUACUGACAUUAACUAACAUUUACAAAAAUCUACACAUGCUGAAAAACUCCAUUGUUUAUUCAUGUUAGCUAAUUGAAUUACUAAUGUUAACUAAUACAACCAUAUUGUAAAGUGUUACCAAUAGUUAAAUGUAUUAAAAUGCAAUGUGUUGGACGUGCACUGUGAAAUAUGUAAAUACAAAAUAAAUGUCUUAUUUUGAACAA